UCUCUUUCUCUCUCUCUCUGUAUUCCGCCAUGGAAGGAGGAACGUUGUCGGAUAUCUACCAGAGGUCAAAGAGGUUACUAUUGAGGACUAGAGAUGGGUUGGAGAAGCUCGAACGCUACGAAAUUUCAUUCUCUAACGGACUCGAUUCUCCUGAACUGUCUUCCUCUCUCAAGAAAGACAUUGCCCAUAUCCAAUCUCUCUGCGUCGAGAUGGAUCGUCUCUGGAGAUCCGUCGCUUCGAAACCCCAACGUGAUCUCUGGAAGAGAAAAGUAGAGCAGGUUGCUGAAGAAGCUGACUCCUUGAAGGAAAGCCUUGAUAAACAUUUACUACUCAGUCAGAAAAGGAUGCAGGAGGCUAAGGAGAGGGCAGAACUACUUGGGAGAGCUAACGGGGACUCUGCUUAUGUCUUGAGAAUCUUUGAUGAUGAAGCACAAGCGAUGCAGUCAGCCCGUAACUCAUCCAAGAUGCUUGAAGAAGCUUAUUCUACUGGAGUGGCUAUCCUUUCCAAAUAUGCAGAGCAAGGGGACCGUUUGAAGAGAGCACAACGGAAAGCACUGGACAUCCUCAACACAGUUGGGCUCUCGGCCUCAGUAUUGAAGCUCAUUGAGAGGCGUAACCGUAUUGACAGACGGAUCAAAUACACUGGGAUGAUAGUAACAGUAAUUGUUGUGUAUGCCUUCUGGAGUUGGACGCAUUGAACCACAGUAAGUGUAUU